AAACCAUUUGAAAACAUGGCAGCACCUACGUCGAAUCCUCCUGUUCCAGAAAACGGGAAGAAUGCUGAUAUGUACAAGUACAGGUCUCCUUUGGUUUCCCGAUAUGCAAGCCCUGAGAUGGCCUACAACUUCAGUGAAGUGAAGAAGUUUUCAACCUGGAGAAAAUUAUGGUUAUGGCUUGCUAAAGGACAACAGACCCUUGGUCUUGAUGUCAGCAAUGAGCAGAUCAAAGAGAUGGAGGCCAACCUUGAGAACAUUGACUUUGAGAUGGCUGCUGCAGAAGAGAAGAAGAGACGUCAUGAUGUCAUGGCUCAUGUUUACACCUUUGCUCAGUGCUGUCCCAAGGCUGCCCCUAUCAUCCACCUUGGUGCAACAUCUUGCUACGUCGGUGAUAACACAGACCUGAUCGUGAUGAAGGAUGCAUUGUCGAUCUUGCUUCCUCGACUGGCACGCUGUAUACAGAGACUGGCUGUCUUCGCUGAGGAGCACAAGGCUCUUCCCACGCUUGGUUUUACACACUACCAACCAGCCCAGCUGACAACGGUAGGAAAGCGUGCUUGCCUCUGGAUCUCUGAUCUCUGCAUGGACCUUCGUAACCUGACCAGGGCUAAAGAUGACCUCAGGUUUAGGGGCGUCAAAGGCACCACUGGGACACAAGCCAGUUUCCUAGCCUUGUUUGAAGGGAAUGGUGAGAAAGUAGACAUGCUGGAUGCAUUCGUUACCAACCAGGCUGGUUUCCCAAAGUCCUACAUGGUGACUGGUCAGACGUACAGUAGAAAGAUUGAUGUAGAUGUUUUAUCUGCUCUUGCCAGCCUGGGAGCAUCUGUCCACAAGAUCUGCACUGAUAUACGUCUGCUAGCAAACCUGAAGGAAGUGGAGGAGCCGUUUGAGAAGGAUCAGAUUGGUUCUAGUGCCAUGCCUUACAAACGUAACCCCAUGAGAAGCGAGAGGUGCUGUUCCCUAGCAAGGCAUCUCACAACGCUCGUCAUGGAUCCUCUGCAGACUCUCUCUGUUCAAUGGUUUGAAAGAACACUGGAUGAUAGCGCUAACAGGAGGAUAUGUAUAGCAGAAGCUUUCUUGACAGCGGAUGUCUUACUCAGUACUCUCCAGAACAUUUCAGAAGGAAUGGUCGUCUACCUCAAGGUGAUAGAGCGUCAUAUACUCCAAGAGCUUCCCUUUAUGGCAACUGAAAACAUGAUUGUAGCGAUGGUGAAGGCAGGGGGCAGCAGACAGGAUUGCCACGAGCACAUCCGGACUUUGUCCCAAGAAGCUGCAGCAGUGGUCAAGCAAGAAGGUGGAGAUAAUGACCUGGUAGCCAGAGUUAGAGGGUCAGCAUACUUUGCACCUAUUCAUGACCAGCUGGACAAGCUACUUGACCCAACCACCUUUGUCGGCAGAGCCCCAGAACAGGUGACCAAUUUCUUAGAGGCUGAAGUCAAACCAGCUCUCAAGCCCUUCGCAAGCUUUCUGGAUGGAAUAUCAGAGCUUUCAUUGUGAAGUUUAGAUGACAUUAUUAUUGCUUGUAUCAUGUCAAAUCCCUCCAGUGGUCACAAUUUACUUCAGUUGAAUACAUUCAAUCUCCUAUAUUCGCUCUAACGUAAAUUGGUUCCAUGUAUUGAUACCGUUGUACAUUUACGACGGGCGUGAUGUGCAUUUCUUUGUAGGAUUUAUAUAAGUGUUUCUAGGGUAACAGGUAGGAUUUUUGUUAUGGUGUGGCAAGUCUUGAACAUGCAGGUACAUUGUAUUUAUGAGCAGCUUUUCUUUAUUUUUUGUUUUCUUAAAACUAUUACUAUUAUUAAUAUUUUUUUUU